AUGCUGGACUUCUUCGCAUCUGCUCGUUCCAAGGACAAGCCCCCCAAGGCCACAGCAUCUGUUCAAUCCCUCACUGGAAGUCAGCUCUCUAGCAGUGGGCCUCAAUCGGAACAUGAACAACUUGGUAAUGCCCAAGAUGAAAAGAAGAAGGGACUCUUCUCGCGACUCUUUGCGCGCCCCUUCACCAAGCGACGAAUUAUCAUCCUUAGCGCUCUCGGAUUCUUGAUCGUGGCUAUUUUGGUUCUCGUCAUUACUCUCCCGAUUGUCCUGACGAGGGCUCAUAAACACAAAGACCCGGGAGAUGUGUACAAGUUGUACCCAACUAAGCACGAGGACCCCAGUUAUCGUAUCCUGGAAAACAAGCCUGUCUAUGCGAUUCACAAUUUCCCCGACCCUGGACUCCUCAACCACAACGGCACCUGGUAUGCCUAUGGAACCAACCCCCAUAAGCAUGACCCGCUGUCGAUUCAUGUCCCCGUUGCGACUUCGACCGACUUUGUGAACUGGACUCUGCAUGAGGGCUAUGAUGCGAUGCCAACUCUAGGAGACUGGGAGGUUGCCGUCAACCACUGGGCGCCGGAUGUGAUCCAGCGGGACGAUGGAAAAUUCGUUCUCUACUACGCAGGCCAGACGAACAAUUUCAAAAAUCAUCACUGUAUCGGAGCGGCAGUCUCGAACGGCACAGAUCCCCUGGGACCUUAUAUUCCCCUCAAGGAAUCUUUAGCCUGCCCUCACCAGUAUGGCGGCGCCAUUGAUCCCUCGCCAUUCAGAGAUGCCGACGGCAAGCUCUACGUGGUCUACAAGGGUGACGGAAACAGCGUCGGCAGUGGUGGAUGGUGCGGCAACAGCAUCAAGCCGCUGCGCCCCGUCCCACUCAUCCUCCAAGAGCUAGAAAGCGACGGCAUCACCAAGGUUGGUGAGCCCGAGAUCAUCCUCAACAUCAACGACACCGAUGGCCCGCUUAUCGAAGCGCCCAACAUCAUCCGCCAAGACGACGGAACCUACUACCUCUUUUUCUCGUCCCAUUGCUUCACCUCGCUGGGUUACAAUGUGAAGUAUGCCCACGCAAAAUCGGUCAAGGGUCCUUAUACCCGUGCCGACCGUCCAUUGUUACAGACGAAUGACUUUGGGCUCAAGGCCCCUGGUGGUGCGACUUUGUCGUACGAUGGCACCAAGAUUGUCUUCCACGCCAACUGCGAUGGCUACCGGUGCAUGUAUGCCGGCGGUGUCGACAUUCGAUCUUCCAAUAACACUAUCAUUAUGGCGACCCUUGAAAUCGUCGGCACUGUUUCCUCAAACUCUACGAACACUACUACUACCACCACUUCCAUUGCCGACAGCACCCAAUAG